AUCUUCCAUUAUCAUUUGCUGUAUCUUUUAAUAACAAUGAAUUCAGUGUUCAUACUAGCAUGUCUUCGGAGGACAUCUUUAUUAUUUCGUGUAAAGGCACUUCAUGGACGGUUCAUUCAAGCCAUCCCCUUCUCCUUGGGGUCGUUGCGGUUUGCCAGCUCAUUCAAGGCCGCAGACCUCACUAUCGAGCACAACACUGCGGGGAAGCCCAAGCCAGACCCCGCCUCCCUGGUGUUUGGCAAACAGUUCUCUGAUCACAUGCUGACCAUCUAUUGGUCAGAGAAAGCAGGCUGGAAGGUUCCACAGAUCAAGCCCUUUCAGAACCUGUCGUUGCACCCUGCCACCUCUGCCCUGCACUACUCCAUAGAGCUAUUUGAGGGCAUGAAGGCGUUCAGAGGGGUAGACAACCACAUCCGUCUGUUCAGACCCAACCUGAACAUGGAUAGAAUGCACCGCAGUGCUGACCGCAGCUGUCUCCCUUUGUUUGAUAAGGUGGAGCUGUUGGAGUGCAUUAGGAAGCUGGUGGAGGUAGACCAGGAGUGGGUCCCCUACUCCCUAGAAGCCAGCCUCUAUAUAAGACCCACCUUCAUUGGCAUUGAGCCUUCCCUGGGUGUGUCGAGGGCCAGCCAAGCCCUACUAUUUUGCAUCGUGGGUCCUGUAGGGCCCUACUUUACCACAGGGGCCUUCAGCCCAGUCUCUCUGCUGGCAGACCCAGGCUACGUCAGGGCCUGGAGAGGGGGGGUCGGAGCCUACAAGAUGGGGGGUAACUAUGGGCCUACUAUAGCAGUGCAGAAUGAGGCUAUAAAGCAGGGCUGUCAGCAGGUCCUGUGGCUGUAUGGAGAGCAGGAGGAGAUCACAGAGGUCGGCACCAUGAACCUCUUCAUCUACUGGACGAAUGAGGGAGGAGAGAGAGAGUUGCUGACUCCUCCUCUAGAUGGCAUCAUUCUCCCAGGAGUCACCAGACAGUGUCUGCUGGACCUGGCCAGAGAAUGGGGAGAGUUCAAAGUGACGGAGCGCACCAUGGGCAUGAAGGAGCUGCUCGGUGCUUUGGAUUCAGGCAAGAUUACGGAGGUGUUUGGUGCCGGGACGGCCUGUGUCGUCUGUCCCGUCGGCAGCCUGCUCUACAAAGGAAAGACAUACCAAAUUCCUACCAUGCAGAAUGGUCCAGACCUGGCCAAGCGAUUCCACAAAGAGCUGACGGACAUUCAGUAUGGACGGAAACAGAGUGAAUGGGCACCACUGGUCGUUUAAUUGGCAGAUUGCACAUGCCAAUCAUAUCGCGACUAGUCCUCCACUCCAUCUUCAAGACCAGCAGCUUCACCACAACCCAUAAUGCACUCCCUUUGAUAGGCUGGCUGACCGGCAGAGAUGAACAGGUCACGUCUGUUACUCUUGGUGUUUCUGCAUGGACUUUUAAAGGGAUAGGGUUAGUCUGUCAUUAAAAUGUUGGAACUUUCAUGCAAUCCCGACAGUUACACAAUACUGUAUAAGCAAUGCUGUGAAACGUCCGCAGCUUCGGUAAAACCAACCUAGUCUAGUCUGUAUUUCUGUAUUAGGGGCAAAGUCAUAUUAUUUUUCCUAUUCAGUCCUUUAUCAUACUGUAGCACAGGUUACAGAAGAGGAUCGUCCUCCAAGCUUUUUAAUAGCACAAUCACUACAUGAGAUGGCCUAUAGGGUUGUAUUGUUGUAUUGAUGUAUUGUUGUAAUAGUUUAAAUAUGCAAUACGCACAACUAUUGUAGGGUAUUACUGGUAAGUUAUGUUGGUCAUUUGGUUUAUUUGCAAUAUGGGAAGAACUUUUUACAGGUACUUAAAAGGAACACUCCCGAGUGGCUGUGCCACUAGAGAUCCUGGUUCGAGUCCAGGCUCUGUCGCAGCCGGCCGCGACCGGGAGACACAUGGGCGG